AUGGCGGCGUUGCCACCAGAAAGAACACAAAUUGAUAAAGCUUUUACAAAUGUUGGAGUUGAUUUUGCAGGACCAUUUGACGUCAAAGCAUAUAGUGGCAGAACUUGUGAAAUAACGAAAGGUUACGUUUGUGUUUUUGUUUGCUUUGCAACAAAAGCCAUCCACUUGGAGCCAACAUCUGAUUUGUCUACCCAAGCCUUUAUGGCAGCCUUCGCUCGAUUUUUUUCGAGGCGGGGAUGCCCUGUCGCCAUUCACUCGGACAAUGGGACAAAUUUCAUUGGAGCUAGUAAGCUAUUGAAGAAAGAGCGACAGGAAUUCAUCAGGCAAUUGAAAGGUUCCAUUAUAUCUACCAACAGUUUUCAGAAUUUGACGUGGCAUUUUAUACCCCCAGGAGCACCACACAUGGGCGGUUUAUGGGAGGCAGGAGUUAAAAGCUUUAAAGCUCAUUUGAAGAAAAUAAAUACCCUUAAAUAUACGUUUGCAGAGCUAGCUACACUCCUUGCUCGAAUAGAAAGAUGCCUAAACUCGAGACCCUUAAGCCCGUCAAGUGAAAACCCUCAGGAUCUUAACCCGUUAACCCCUGGACACUUUUUAAUUGGCUCACCCAUACUUACCCCUGCAGAACCCGACACAAGCAGUGAUAAUAUAACCCUGGCUAACAGAUGGCAAAAAUUAAAGAUACAACAUCACAACUUUUGUAAAAGAUGGAAAGAUGAAUAUCUUAAAGAGCUCCAUAAAAGAUAUAAGUGGAAAAACCCUACCCGAGAAGUUGAAAUAGGUGAUAUUGUAGUAAUUAGACAAGACAAUUUAGCACCCAAUGAAUGGUUACUUGGUCGUGUGACUAAAACAUACCCUGGUUCUGAUGGUAGAAGUAGAGUAGUUGAUUUACAAACUUCAACUGGUGCUCUAACCCGAUCAAUUACUAAAAUUGUUGUUUUACCCGCUAAUUAG